AUGGGCCGGCCCCGGCGCCGACUUCGAGCAAUGGGGUCCAUGGGGCCGUCCCGGUCACUGGGACCAUUGGGGUCACCAUGAACAUGACCGUGAUCACCCUUUCAGAUCUCCCCAUGAUCACCGGGAGCCUCGACAGCAGACUCCCCCCACCCCUACUGAAGACGGGGCGACACAAAGAAACGCCAAUGACGAGAAGCACCCCUCACCUGAUACCGUGAUGGACGACGAGAGUGCCACAGCUGCACCCGACCCAGAGGAAGUCGCCCCCGAGGACUCUGACGACUACGGCCGCUCUGGUCCCUGCCCACGAUGGGGCCGCCAUGGCGCCCGUCCCUGCGGUCGAGGAGGCAGAGAAGGACGAGGAGGCCGUGGCCACCGCGGCGGUCGUGGAGGACCACACCGAGGCCCUCCUCCUCCUCACCAUCACCACCCCUUCUCACGACCUCCUCACCACGGCUUCCCAUUCGCACCACCACCUCCUCCCCCCUACCGAGGAGGUCCUCACCACCCGCCUCCACCCCCUCCCUUUGACUUCUCCGCCAUGUUCCAGUCCCUCGGCAACUUAGGAAGCCACCCCUUCGUCGAGAACCUCCGCGAGCAAGUCCAGAACUUCCGCGACGCCCAACAGCAGCAGGGCAAUGCCCGCUCCGGCGACAACAACGCCACCAACGACGACCCAGAAGACGAGUCCUUCUCCCCACCUAUUGACAUCUUCAACACCCCAUCCGCCUACGUCCUCCACGCCGCUCUCCCGGGAGCCAAAAAGGAGGACGUCGGCGUAAACUGGGACCCGGACACCUCCACCCUCUCCAUUGCCGGCGUCGUCUACCGCCCCGGCGACGAGACGUUCCUCCAGACCCUCACCCCCUCGUCCGAGCGACGCGUCGGCGCCUUCGAGCGCACCGUCACCCUGCCCCCCGCGGGUUGCGAGAAGGACGGCGAGGUCGAUGGCCUCAGCAUCACCGCUAAAAUGGAGGACGGUUUACUCGUCGUCACCGUCCCGAAGGUCGAGAAGGAGUGGACCGAGAUCCACAAGGUCGACAUUGAAUAG